GAAACCCAAACACACCCAAACAAAAGACCAUCUAUCCUGGAUGAUGAUGACGUUGAGAAGCAGCUGUGUUUACAGCUUUGUAUGGAGUCUUUCUUCUCUCUAUCCCCCUCUCCCUAUUGCGUUUUUGUCGUUUCAUUCUCAAUUCUCGACGAUGCCAUAAUCAGCUCUUGGAACAGCUCCGGUCAAUGAAAUUGAAAUAUUAGUUUAAUUGCAGGAACAAGAAAUUUAUGAUCUUUUAAGGCUAUUUUCGCCCUUUUCAUUUUCUUUUAUUGCUCAUCUACUUCUUAUUUUAGGGCUUUGUUCUCGUUUUCUAUCAUUUCUGGCUAUUGGGUCUUUUUCUUCACUUCCCUUCUCCCUCCAGCUGCGCUUAGCUCGAGGUAAUUAUUUUCACAUGUAACUAAUGCUGCAAGUCAUGCUUCCCUUGAUAGAACUGGAAAUGGACUAGUUUCUCUUCCUCUCCAACUACUGUUAUAUGAUAACUGCUAUGGCUCGCAAAGGAAAUCAACAGAGGAAUGGAGUGGAUCGUCAUGCAUCAGACCACAAGAAAAAGGUUUCAGAUUCAGGGCAUGCAAUUCCUGAUAUGAAGGGACGAAGGAAAAUGAAUGAGUCGAAGGUCUUUCCUGGAGAGGAUAUCCCAGAUGGUGAUCAACCAUGUACCUUUACUACAGAUAAUGUCAGAAAAAGAAACAAUGCUGGAGAUGAUAACAAAACUAAGCAAACUUCUGGCAAAUUUCAGGGGAAAGAGAAGCAAGGUAUAGACCAACCACAUGAUCUAGGGCAGUCAGCAUCACAUGGGAACAAUUCUGGGUAUUGCAGUAGUUCUUCUGGUGAAACCCCCAGCAUAAGUCAUGACAAUGGAACAUUACCUGGCUCGGAAAGUGAUCCAAAACAUGCAAAAGUUGGAUUCAACUACUUGUUUAAUGGCUUGCAUCUAAAAACUAUGAUGGAAAAUGUGGAUUUUUCAGGCAAUGUAGCAUUUAGAAACUUGAGGGCAUCAACGUCAUCCAUUUUGGAGGUGGCAGGUGAUUGGCUGGAGAGGCACAGACCGUUGUUUGCUAGAGUAACAACCAAAAUGUGUAAUGCUCGUGAUUAUGUUAAACUGAAGACCGUGCAAGCGUAUCCUGUUGUUUUGAAAUGGCUCAUACAUUUUAGGAACAUAAUGCUUCUUUUAUCAAUGAUUUGGUUGGACUGCACUCUUAGAGGCAUUGAUUCCUUUCUGCGGCUAGGGACAACAUCCUUCUUUUCAGUUAUAUGGUGUAGCAUUAUGUCAGCAAUUGCUAUGGUUGGGAUUUCCAAGUUUCUUAUUGUCCUGGCCAUAGCUGCAAUUGUGGGAGUUUUCAUUGGCCUCACCCUUGGACUUUUGGUAGUUGCCAUUUCUGGAACUGUUUUCCUGUGGCUUUAUGGAAGCUUCUGGAUAACACUAUUUGUCAUUAUCAUUGGAGGGUUGGCAUUCAUGUUGGGUCAUGAACGUCUUGCACUAUUGACCACCACUGUGUAUUCUGUAUACUGUGCAUGGACAUAUGUUGGAUGGCUUGGCUUAAUUUUGGCUUUCUAUCUAUCUUUUAUCUCAAGUGACAUUCUGAUGUUCUUCCUAAAGAAUAGCAUUAACCAGCGCAGAUCCAAUAGGCCCCCUGAACAGUCUGCAGGAGUGGAAGGUCAACCGGGCUUCUUCAAUAGUGAGUCCUUUCAUGCUUCUUUCUCUGAAACUAGCCCUGGAUUUUCAUCAGAUCAUAGCCCUGGUGUUCCUUCAACCAGUGGGACAGAUUCUGAGUUGACUUCUGAAGAAGAAGUUAUACGGUUGUUGAACUGUACUGAUCACUAUUCAGUGCUGGGUUUGUCCCGUUAUGAGAAUGUGGAUGUUUCUUUCCUGAAGAGGGAGUAUAGAAAAAAGGCAAUGCUGGUUCAUCCUGACAAAAAUAUGGGCAAUGAGAAGGCUGCAGAAGCUUUUAAGAAACUUCAAAAUGCGUAUGAGGUUUUGCUAGAUUCCUUGAAGCGAAAAGCUUAUGAUGAUGAAUUAAGGAGGGAGGAUUUGCUAAACUAUUUCCGUAAAGGCACUUCCCGGAAGAAUGGAGAGCAUGGUUUCUUUGCCUCUGGGUUUACUCGUUCAGAGGCUGAAGGUGAAGACCCUAUUGGAGAAUCAAGGCGCAUUGCUUGCAAAAAGUGCAAUAAUUUUCAUGUCUGGGUACAUACGAAGAAGUCAAAAUCUAAAGCAAGAUGGUGCCAGGAUUGCAAAGACUUUCAUCAGGCAAAAGAUGGAGAUGGUUGGGUUGAACAAUCUUCUCAACCAUUCCUUUUUGGAUUAUUGCAGAAGGUUGAUGCUCCCUCUGCAUAUGUUUGUGCUGAUAGCAAGAUAUAUGAUGCUACUGAAUGGUAUAUAUGCCAGGGAAUGAGAUGUCCAGCCAACACUCACAAACCAAGCUUUCAUGUGAACACUAGUGUUACUUCCAAGCAUAAUACUUCCAAGGGAUCUAGUUCAGGACACAGAAGUGGUAGGAUGCCAACAUCGAACAUGGAAGAGACCAUGACAGAGGAAGAAUUCUUUGAAUGGUUGCAGAAUGCAGUGCAAGCAGGUGUAUUUGACAAUUUCAAUGGGAGCAGUGGCGCCGAGAGCCCGUCUGCCAGGGCUGGAAAUGGUCCGAAGAGCAGUUAUAAUGGGAAUGGCAGCAACAGUGGUAGCAAGAGGAAGAAAAAGGGGAAAAAGCAAUGGUGAACGCAGAUAAUUUUCCAUACUUGAUUCUCUAACUUUGUAAGAAUUUUCCAACCAUUGAGAGAAGGGCUUAGAAGCUUCUUCUUGAAGGGCUUAAAUUGGAAAAGGGAAAAGAAAGUAAGUUGGAGUGCAAAUUGAGUUUUUGCAUGAGAAGGUGAAAAGCCUUCGUCCAUCAUACAAAGUUUGUAUAGUGCUUCUUUCUUGGGUUGUGUUUAGGCUCUCUCUUCCUAGAUUGCUACAGAAUGAGGCCAAGGAGGACUAACAAGAAUUGGGGGAGAAUUCAAAAUAGUUGAAUAAAAUCAUUGGUAUACCAUCGUGUAAUCUCAUUUCA